AUGUCUCCCGCCAAGCGAAUUGUUGUCGAGCGCUCUGGCCCUCGUGGUGCUGCUGCCCCCAAGGGCUUCUUCGGCUCGACCUACGACGUUCUGACUAGCUCUGAGAACGCCGCUGUCGUCCGCAGCAUCGGCCUCUUUGGCGCUGCCGUCGUCUUUCUCCAGAGCUCUUGGGGCGAGAUUCUCCUGCCUCCGCAAUGA